AUGGCAUCGUCUCAUGGUCCCACACCACCUACUCUGUCCUCAAUUGCAGCUGAAACUUCAGUUCCCUCCGGCCUUGAUACAUUCAAGACAGAGUACCAUCUGAAAUCUGGUUGCGCAACAACUAUAGAGACUUUCUCUACCUUCGGGCGCAAGCAAGAUCAAUGGUUGCCCAUCAUCAACGAAGAACCCUGGCAGCCGUUCAGCUGUCAUGCAGACUUUGAGUUUGCCAAACUCACACACAAUGCCGCCUUGAACAAGGACCACACAGACGAGCUGUUGCGGCUCAUUUGGAGAAUCGCUGAGGGCCACGCAAAACUCACGUUCAAGUCCCACCGUGAUGUUUCUUCGGCCUGGGACAGGGCGGCCUCUCAGAUGACACCUUUCGAGAAGCAUACUAUCACUGCCCAACACAAAUGGGAGGACCUUACAUUUGAUGUAUAUACAUGCCCAUUGUGGGACUGGGCCUUGGACUUACUACAGGACCCAUUACUGGUGCCGCACUUUGUUUGGGAUGCACAGCGGUUGUACAAACAUGACGGGGCGCAUUACGAACACUUUUACCAUGAGCCUUGGACUGCAGAUCACUGGUGGAAUGUACAAUCAUCUUUACCCGAAAACGGCGUCCCUUUUGCCUUCAUACUGUAUGCAGACAAGACGCAUCUGUCUUCUGCUGGGACCGUUAAAGCUUAUCCGGUACCUGAAGACUCUAAGGAGGAUGGUAAACUGUCUUAUGUGAACCUCAAAUGGGUUGUGUGGCAUGACGGGUUUCUCAAGCUUCUUGAAACCAUCAUACUCUAUGCCAAGACAGGAUACGCACAUCUGUGUUCUGAUGGUAUUGUUAGGUGGCUGUAUGCAUUCAUUUUGCUUUUGUCGGCUGAUUACAAAGAGCAAUGUGUCAUGGCGCUCAUACGGGGGACAAACUGUCAUUGCCCUUGUCCAAUCUGCCUUGUCCCAUCGGAUAAACUCUACGACAACGCAUCUACUUAUCCAAUCCGAUCGCCUGAAGAUGCGCAAUCUUGUGUAGAACUGUGGAAGAAGAAUAAAGCAGCUGGAGAAGAAGCAUUAAAAAAACGGGGCUUGCGGCCAGUUAUGAAUGUCUUCUGGCAGAUCCCGAAUUCUAACCCUCACGAAACGAUCUCGCAGGAUCACCUCCACGUUUAUCAUAUCGGGGAAUGGGGGAAACAUCUAUUUGGCGGGCUUAAACAACAUGCAGCGGCUUUGGGACGCAGCGCCGAGAAGAAGAUUGACGAUCAGUUCGCUGCCUUCACACGUUGGCGCAAUUUGAAUCAUUUUGAUCGCGUUACCAACAUCACCUAUAGCGAUGGUAACAAACUUCGAGACAUUUCCAAGCAAAUCUUAUAUACCACUCAGAAUGUGCUCAUGCGCACAGACGACGAAGCUGGCUAUGCACUUCUACGGUGCAUAGCGAGUUAUCUACAUAUCGACAUGUAUGUAUCACUUGACGUGCAUACAGAGAGCACAAUCCAAGCAGGAAAAGCGGAGGUUCUGGUGUUUCAGACGCACUUAGAGGACUACAUCGCAAUUAUCGAGGAGACCGAUCCCGAUGCAACCAAGAACUGGAACUUUCCCAAGAUGCAUGCCUCAAAGCAUAUUUUCGACGAUAUCCUCGCAAAAGGUGCUGCCCGCAACUUCAGCACUCGACCGAACGAAAAGCAGCAUGGGCUGAUCAAGCACUGGUACCUACGGCAGACCAAUUGUAAGGAUAUCGCUAACCAGAUCCUUGUACUCGACCAUAAGAGCUUCGUUACCGAGUUUAUUCGCAGCCGUAUUGAAUUUCUUGAUGAGGAACGACAUAAACUCACGCUCUCACGGGAAGAACUUGAAGACAACGACACUGACAACGAGCCAUUUGAAGCUCACCUGCAUAUCAGUUCGCCCCUUAGGACUCUCACCAGCCUAGCGCAAGUGGAGGAAGACAACAGGUCAAAUCAUGCCUUUGACCAUUUCAGGAAGAAGCUCGCAAUGUUUCUGAAUCACUUCCUGCCCUCUCACAACAUACCAUUACCAGACGGAAUACAGUGGCUGAAACUUUCAGCACAUGACCAAGUUCACGAACAUCGCUAUCUCAAAGUCCACUAUGAGUCAGCUGCUACCUGGAAGUUGGCCACUGACUAUCUGCGAUGCAGUCCAAGUUUUCAUGGCCACGAGCAUCGUGACUGUGCUCUAAUCCGCACACAGGACAAGGAUGGCCACGACAAAUAUAUCUUUGUCAAGCUAUUAUUUGUGUUCAAGCUUACUGUCUGCAACCGCACCUUAGAUCUUGCCUUGGUUCUUCCCAUGGAUGCUUCACCACGUCAGCGCCUCCUAGAUCGAGACCUGCGACUGACUCGACUACGUGCAUGGCCUGCAGCUUUGUCUGAAUUCGUCACUCUUCAUUCCAUUAUUCGUGGUGCUUUACUUGUCCCAGAUUUUGACAACCAUGGGGAUUAUUUUCUCGUCGACUACGUGGAUACUGAUAUGUUUCUUCGGGUCCAAAGGAACCUUAUUUAG